UUUGGUCGGAAAUUUGUCAGUAAUCCGUCACAAAUGUCCGACGACAUUGGUGUCCGUCGGAACCUCCGUCGGAAUUCGGCGUGUUUUCUUGUAGUGUAUUAGGGAUUUCAAAGAGAUUCUGGAUUCAUUCGAGAGAGGAGACAAGUUCUAUCUCUACACAGGAAGAGGACCUUGAUCAGAAGCUUUGCAUCUAGGGCACUUGAUACCUUUCAUGUUUACCGAGUAAGUCUAAAACAUAUUGUCUUUUAUGUUUCUUUACAUGGUUUUCGAAGAACUUACUUAUGUUUUAUUGUUCGAAUCGGCUUGUAGAUACCUGCAAGAAGCUUUUAAGGUUCCUGUUGUUAUACAGCUUACGGAUGAUGAAAAGUUCAUGUGGAGUAAGACCUUAAAAGUGGAGGAUACUAAAAGACUUGCCAGGGAAAAUAUCAAAGAUAUAAUUGCUUGCGGAUUUGAUGUAGAAAAGACAUUUAUUUUCUCGAACAUCGAGCAUGCUGGUACAUUCUAUGAAAAUACGUUGAAGAUUGGAAAGUGCGUAACAGUUAAUAAGGCUAACGCAAUCUUUGGCUUUGCUGGCGAAGAUCCUGUUGGAAAAAUGGGUUUCCCUCCUGUGCAGGCAGCUCCAUCUUUUGCUAGCUCGUUCCAACACUUGUUCCCUGGAAAGGACAAUAAUCUCCGUUGCUUGAUUCCUUGUGCUAUUGACCAAGUUUGUAUUUUUGUUUUCCAUGUUAUUAGCGUAUCAUUAAUUCAUUAUUAUGUUAUGCAGUUUUUGUGUGCUAAUAAUCAAAUAUUGCUUUUGGUUUUUGUUCAGGAUCCAUAUUUUCGAAUGACUCGAGAUGUUGCACCUCGGUUAAAUUAUAGCAAGCCUGCUCUAAUUGAGUCAAAAUUCUUGCCUUCUCUGAAGGCAAGUACGUUUAAACUAGUCUUUAGGAUAUUGCCACUUUAUAGAUAUGUUACUUACAAACAACUUCAUGCCUUCAAAUUAUUGAAUGCCUUUGGUCGCUUUUGUGCAGGGAGUGAACGGAAAAAUGUCGGCAAGUAAUCCUAACUCAGCCAUAUACGUAACGGAUACCACCAAGGACAUUAAGAAAAAGGUGAAUGAAUCUCUAUACCACCAACUUCAUGUUUCCACAUGACUUUCGUGAGGACAUAUUGUUUGGUUUUGAUGGCACCUGACUCCUUGCACUUAUGUUAGUGUCAAACUUCAUUAGAUGUUGAAAUCAUAUCACUGUGCUAACUUGAUACGUGCGGUUCCAUGUACAGGUAAACAGUGCGUUUAGUGGGGGGAAAGACAACUCGACGGAACAAGAAAAUGCUGGAGCAGAUCUGGAGGUACCAAAAUUAUCUUCUUAUUACUCUUUAUAGUGUCAACUCAUUGUUGUGUUCCAGUGACAGUCAUGUAGUUAUACAGUGAUUGAAAUUUAGUAAUGAUAUAAUCUUAGUUAGAUAGGUAUUACUAAAAGUGGCAUUGGUUCCUCACAUUGGAAAUUUGGAAGGAUUUUCUUGUUAUGUAAUUGACUAAGUAGCCACUCUGUGUCAAUAGCAGAGUCUUGCAAGAUUUUAGUCUUUGUUCUUGAUGCUAUAGCAAACGUAAGUCUUUGUUUGUGGUAAUCUUUUUCCUACUAUUUCACAGGUAGACAUACCGUUCAAGUACUUGAGUUUCUUCCUAGAUGAUGCUGCUGAACUUGAACACAUAAAGAAGGUAAAUUACAUUACACUCGCCUCUCUAGCUCUUGUUACUAGCUCAUUACACAGAACAAAGAAUGUUCAUCUCUGUCUUAAUGUGUUUCAGGAAUAUGGAGAAGGAAGAAUGCUAUCUGGAGCGGUUAAGCAACUGUUGGGUCCCUCCUAGAUGGAGAGGACCAAUUGGGGUGAACUUAAGAAAUAAUAAUGUUUCCCCUUUGUCACUAGACAUAAUAAUAGAGUUUUGACAAAAAGAAACAAGAGAGAGAAAGGAGAAAAAGAGAGAGAAGGAGAAAACUCGUAAGGUGAUUUCAAGACUAGAUUUGGAGGGUCAAACGGAUCCUGAUCGGGCUGAUAUUUUGUGGGAAGCUUCUUCAGUCAGUGGGUUAGAGGUUCACCGAAGGGAUUUGGAUUUCAACGGUUGGAUCUUCUGUUGUCUGGGUUUUCUUGAAGCUGGUCGCCAUAGUUCUUCAGAAGAGCAGUCUUGGGUGUUUGGUAAAUCCAACGGUGAGAUCUUCUCUUA